AUGUCUCAUAACUCAAAAAGACAACAACAAAUAAACAAUUUAUCUAGAAAAAGAGGUCACUUUGCAGCUCAAGAGGUGGAAACACAUGAAAUAACUGUUAUGCAAGACAAAUUUACAUUAAGAACUUCACCAAAUAAUACAUUACUCAAUGCUAAAGCAUUGAGUAAUACACUAUUCAAUGAUAAGACUUUGGCACCAAGUAAUAUAUUAAUUGGUGCUAAAACUUCAGCAUCAAGUAAUAUAUUACUUGAUGUUGAAGCUUUAAUAUUAAGUAAUAUAUUACUUGAUGUUGAAGUUUCAAGAUCAAAUAACAUAUCAUUAUUACAACUAUCAACAAUCUUACAAAACUCUCUAUUAGCUAUUAACAUUACAACAAUCCUAUGUAUAUGUUUAGAAAAACAGCAAUCUCCAGAGUCCUGCUCUUCUAAGGCUGUAAACAUGUAUAUUGAAGAAGCAUUAUUACCAAAAAUACCAAAAAUACUAUUUCAGAAAAAAUGUCCAAAUGUAGUAGCAUAUAGAAAAAGAUGGUUAAAAAGAAUGUUUAAAUACAAAAUAUAUAUAAAAGACUUUGUUGAUAAUAUGUUAAAGAUAGUAAUAAAACCUGAACUUGAAUCUGAUAAAAGAAAACUAGUACAAGUGAUACAUGAUGAAUCUUUUAUGUACCAAUGUCAUGGGUUAUUGCAACUGUCUGAAGAGCAAUUCUGGAUAAAUUCACAUAUUAAAUACAAGGAAGCUUAUGUUCUUCACUCUGUACAAGCUAAUACAGAAAAUGCACUGGUCACAAUGAGAAUAAACAAAGGUCCCAGAGAUACAAAACAUAAGAUGUGUAAUAAGAAGCCAAAAGGAAUACAACAAGUACUUGAAAAACAUAACCUUUGGCCAGUCAAAGAUGUAAAUUUGGUGUGUGAUCAGUGUUCCAAAAAAGGUGAUGAUGAUUUUGAAGAAUUAAAUUGCUGUGCACAGUGA